AGCAGAGACACCUUGGCAGAGAGAGGACAGCCACCCGCGAACGUUAGCCCAGCCUCUCAUCGUCCGCCGCACACACGUCUGGCAGCGGCGGGGAGUGAUAACACCUAUCUCAUUAACCCGCCACUCUACUCAAGCUGCCUCGAUAUGCGUUGAGUUGUGAUAGCGUGGAGUGUGGCGAUACAGUCUUGUGUGGUGCAGGGAAGAGGAGACGGGAGAAAGGCCUUGGUUAAUACUACUGUUGCUGGUGCUGCUGCUGCUGCCGGGUGGUGGUGAUUUCUCAAUACCACAUCCCUAACUCCACCACCACCACCACCACAACAACAACAACAACAACAACAAAAAACAAAAACAACUACAACAACUACUACUGUAUUGCAACAAACAUUUUUCUCUUUCUUUACUCACGCCGCCACCCAGCACUCCAUCACGCACUCCGCCCACCCAGCCACUCCAUCACGCUCACCACCCACCCACCACCGCCAUGGGGGCCGCUACAGCAACUCUGAUGGUGUUUAUUGGGUGUUGCAGCAAUGUGGUGUUUCUGGAGUUCCUCGUCAAAGAUGAACCAGCAUGCGGCAACAUUAUCACCUUCUCGCAGUUCCUCUUCAUUGCCCUCCAUGGGUUUGUGGUCACAAUGGAUUUUGGCAGGAGAAAAAACGCGAUACCAAUUAAGGAAUACCUAAUCCUGGUGGUGAUGUUCUUCCUCGUCAACGUCACAAACAACAUGGCUUUUGGCUUCAACAUCUCCAUGCCGCUACACAUCAUCUUCAGGAGCGGCGGACUGAUCGCGAGCAUGGUGAUGGGCAUUAUCGUGAUGGGCAGGAAGUACACCCUCACCAAGUACGUGUCUGUGUUCAUGAUCACGGCGGGGACCAUCAUGUGCACCUUUGCCUCGGCUGAGUAUGUGGAGAAGACUGAGGAUAAGGACUCAGGCUUCAUCACCUGGCUGUCGGGUAUUGCCAUCCUCACCUUCGCCCUCUUCCUGUCAGCAAGGAUGGGCAUCUACCAGGAGUGCUUGUAUACAAAGCAUGGAAAGCACCCACAUGAAGCACUUUUCUUCAUUCACACACUGUCCUUGCCUGGGUUCAUCAUGACAGCUGGCAGCAUAAUCGACCACGCCCAGAGGUUCAACAAGUCCCUGCCCCUCCCUGAGCUGGCUGCCUUUCCUGUCCUCGCUCAUCUGCCUCGCCUCUGGAUCUACCUGGCUGGGAACGUCCUCACACAAUACCUGUGUGUGGGUUCUGUGUUCCGCCUCACCUCAGAAGCCACCGCCCUUGCUGUCACCCUGGUGCUCACCCUAAGAAAGUUCCUCUCCCUUGUGUUCUCUAUUAUCUACUUCCAGAACCCCUUCACCCUCCAGCACUGGGCCGGAACGUUCCUGGUGUUUGCCGGCACACUGCUUUUCACUGAUGUCAUUGGGAAGACUCGGGAGGCUUUGUCUAGUAGAAGUGCGAGUGAGAAGAGUAAAACAAGCUAGUCUCUUUGUAUUUAUGUUUGUGAUUCUCAAGUGUUCCUAUUUUCACAUUUCUUUGUGAGAUUUUUAAUUCUUUUUCCUCUUUUUCAAGUCUUUUUUUUAUCCUAUUUUAUUGUCUUCCUAUUUCCAGUCCUCUUCCUUUUUUAUUUGCUUUCCUUCUUAAUUUUAUUUUACUUUCUCUCUCUCUCUCUCUCUCUCUCUCUCUCUCUCUCUCUCUCUCUCUCUCUCUCUCUCUAGUAGGUUCACUGCCAGAUAGGCUGUAUUAGUAGUGAUCAUUGUGUGUGUGUGUGUGUGUGUGUUCUACCUACCUAAACUAGAAAUGUGGGAAAUCAGAACAAUAAACAUUAAUUUUUA